CUUGCCCGUUAACAAGGAAGACAAACAACAUGGCAAGACGUACGAAACUUGACAAUCCCCCGAAGGCAAAAGCCCCGCCGUCACCGCAGCCGAGGCAAAAUGGCGUGAGCAGACUGACUAAUGUAAGGCACAAUACAAAAUUUUACAGUGAUGUAUUUGCCGUACCUAACCAGCAGUCGCCGAAGAGGCGUUUAUGUUUUUGGUAUGAAAAUGUUGUACAGAAAGAUCUACCACCUGUAGUUCCCCGCCUUGGUCGAUGUCAUUCAUGCGAUGAAGAGCGGGUAGAUUUCGAAGAAAAUGUUGCAUGCAGAACUAAUUCAUAUACUGACUCAGGUAACAGCAUUGUUGAACAUACUAGCAGUUUCGGCAUGGGUGCAUCACAGUCUUAUUCUCUCACACAUAACUCGAGUCGGAGAGAGAGAGAUACGCGGAUGGCAGAUGGGUUCACAACACCUGUCUUUGCAAAGAAAGAAGCAGACUCGGGAGGAGGGAGGACGCAAACUUCCAGUCCCAAGUCGCUAGCUUCUAGUAUGGCAUAUUCGUCAUCAGAUGGUGAGGAUGAUAUUCCUACAAGUACUUCUAGGUCAGGGCAACGAGAGAUUAAAGACUACACAGAACCACUGGACGCCAAGAAGUUUGUUUGGGGUAAAACUGAGUCUGCAAAGCAUGUUGAGGAAAGUGGUGAGGAAGACACAUUCUACAGCAAGCCAUAUGAGCAUGACAUGCCACACCAGAACAAAAAUCCAAACAGAAUUCCAGGCAAGUCUUUGGUUGUUAGUGACUAUGACAUUCCUCCAUCCAGAGAUGAUGACAACCAUCUAACUAGUGGUGGCUCUACAUCAUCAAUAGCAUCUCUUUCUAAGCAGGGUGGUGCUGGGAGGGGUCGCUCUGGUGAGGACCUAGACAGCGAUCGCUAUAACCAUUCCUCUUUGUCAUCGUUGUCACACCAGACAAGUAACAAUUCUGGAAGUGGAAGCUUGGCAGAAGGUCAGAAGUCGACAUAUGAAGAGCCCUGGGACUUAAAGAGACAGCGGGAAGUAGCCAUGAGAAACCGAGGUGUGCGAAUGAAAUCUGACGACCCGUCAGGUCAAGUGCUGUAUGAGGAGGCAUGGGACACUCCACAGCAACAACAGCGACUAGAAGAAAACCUGAGAUUGGUACGCACACUGUCUGUCACUUCAGACAAGUUUGAAGAUGCUCUGGAGUAUCUCCCUGAAGCCAGUGAGCCGUCACAAAUUAGAGCAAAAGCAGGUAGCAAAAAAACUCAGGACCCAGUAACUGGCGGAACAUAUGAACAAGCGUGGGAUCUGAACAGGGGCCUUGAGGAGAAGCUGCGCAGCCUGCAGUUGAACUGGACGGACAAAGAGUAUGUCCCAAGUGAGACAGACAAUUAUCAGGAGCCCUGGGAUACCGCCAAGAAGCAGCGUGAGCUGGAGGAAAAGCUGCAGAGGGCCUCAAAGGGUAGCAUAGAAAAGUUACAUUUCAAGGACCAGAGGGCUGGUGGGGACUCUCAAAAGGAGAACUGGCCAAGUUCUCAAGCCAUGUCAUCCAGUCAGUCUGCUGAAACAUCAAGUGGAUCACCAUCUUCUAGACGCAGUCAGGCCACCACCUGUUCCAUAGGAGAGCCUAUUAAUGCCAUGAUACCACUUGUCAAUCAGAGCUGGUAUCAUGGGAACAUUUCUCGAGAUGAUGCAGAGCGCAUCCUGAGAGUGUGCAAAGAAGGAAGCUACCUGGUCAGGGACAGCUCCGAUCGCUGCCAUUACACGCUGUGUAUCAAGAGUUCUCGACAGACAAUCAACAUACAGAUUGACCAGUGUGUAGAUGCUUAUGGUAUCACCGUCUAUAUUCUGGGUAAAAACAGCAAAGCCUUUGAAACUAUUCCCAGUAUGAUUGACUACUAUACACACCAUCCAGUUCCAAUUAAAGGUGCAGAGCACACGACUCUUCUUCAUCCAGUGCAUUGUCAAUGGUCUGAAGCAGAUGCUGAGGCUUGGGGCUAAAGGUUAUUUAUCAGCAGUCAAAAAAACACAGUUCUUACCAUGUUGUUUGUUACCCUUUCACCAUCAUGUAUUCUUCAGAAAGGAUUGUCAUUUAUCUUUCAUCCCUUUUAUCUUUCUGAAAACAGAAAGACUGGAACUUGUUCCAACAAGGGAUGAGAGAUACGAAGGUGGAAUUCUAGAGUCAUCUGGAAUGCUGCUGUCAAAAUGCUUAAAACUCUGUCAAUUGUUUUACACAUAAAAGAAGGAGUUGACAAGAGAGACAUAAAAAAAUGUGAUAAGAAGGCUGGAGUGGAUGAUUAUUGGUUCUAUGAAAAGGUCAGCAUGAUUCUAACAGCGGAUAAUGGAGGGCAUGAUUAAUACUAAAGGACAAUGGAGAUGGGAAUGUGAGAUAUGAUCACAGAAGAGGACUAACCCUCAAUCUGCAGAUAAGUAAUUUUGGAUAAAAGUUUUUUGAAUUCCUUAUAUGUGGAGAAAGAACUAGUCUUUGCUGUAGCACUGUCAACUGAUAUGACUGUUGAUUGUGCAGUUGACAAGAAUGCAGCCAUUGUUAAAUCCACUUUUCAUUUGCUGGGCUGGGCCCAGGAAGCAUAAUUUUCAGCUCACCAUACUGUCACCAAAAUGUAUUCAUUUUAUCCUAUUUCAAUUAUUGUACUCAGCCUGAACCCUGUUCCUGAGGGUUGAGACAAUGUCCUGUGUUUAAAUAUUGCAUCUUGUUGCAAGCUGUUUGUAUAAAACACAGGAAGUCUUGAUAUUCCGACUGCUUGAUCAACGUGUAACUUGUUGAUGUCAUAAAGAUACUUGCAAUUUUUAUUGCCUAUUUCAGUUGUUAGAAUCUACUUUUCUUUUCUGUGAGAAAUUAUGGAAUGAUGUGUGGUGGGACUAAAUAAUUUUUUAUGCUGGCAUCUUUGUUUUUGUUUCAGUUUUGCAUGAUAACAUUUGAUUUUUGAUUUCACUUUGUAAGCAAAAAUUUCAAGAUGCACACAGUCAGUGCAACCACUAGGAGGAACUACAGAAACAAGAUGGCUGUUGAAUUCACUUGAGAUAUUUUUCUUGGAGGAUCUUCUCUAUUUGUGGCAUUCUCAUAUACCUGGAAGGUGUAACAAGGCUUGCAUUCAACUUGGAGUGAGGAUAAGCAUUGCAUAUGGCUUGAGGCUUGAAGUGUGCCCCAUGCAUUUAUAACAUAUCUUGAUAUCUUAUCACAUCAUCAUGUUAUAUCUGUUGUCAUGUCUUCAUAUUUUGUAGACUUUAUAAAAGCAUGUGUAAAUCUUGGAGCAGAAAAACUAUGUGACUUUUCAGAUAGGGUACUCGUUUACUGAAUUAUCUUAACUGGUGCCUGCAGUCAUUCUUGUCUGCUUCUGUCACAGGCUGUAGCUCAUAAGACAGUGCUGAUACUUUCUGUAGUCUGUAUGGUGUUGCUUAAAAUUAUAAUAUCAGCACAUUCUAGAAAUUAACUGGUGACUGUUUGCUGGAACAUGGACAACUAAGAGUGCAGCAGAUCUAAGAGACUAAAAAAGUCUUUGUAACAGCAUACAGGGAAAGCAACAUAUUAUGGCAUGAACUGCCAUUUUCUUGUGUCUCAAAACAAAACAGAAAUAGGCAGAGAAUAUGCCAUACAGUAAUUUUUAUGGGACCUUGUUAAACAACAGCUAUCCACAGAUAGUAACUGAUGAUUACUUGCAAUAAAUUAAUCAUCUUAAAGUUAUUAGGACACUGACUAGAUGUAGCCUAAACUGAGUAAACAGCAUUUACUGUUUUGAAACAUUCUUUCUACAAACAUCUUUUAUGGAAAGUGUGACGGAUGAAACUUUAUACCUUUCUCAUGUGCUGUGUUAAAAAAGCACUAUGUUUGUGGUUUUAAAUUGGUGAAGUUAUCCUGACUAGGAUAUGUAGAACAUUGCCACAGAUAAUCUUUGUUUUUUUGAAACAAAUGCUUCCAUCAGUAGCCAAUUUUACUUUUCAAAAAUAAAUAUGUUGGUUUUUGGUUUAGUUGAACAUAAAAUUAUUUUCAUCUUGGUGCUAAACCAAAUAAUGUGAAAUAUUUUAUAUAAAAUAGCCUUUGUCAGUUUAUGAAGGUAGAAUUAAUCCUUUUGAAGAAAUACAGGGGCUAGCAGCCUUUUGCAUGAAAUUCUUCACCAAAUUAUAUUUAUAUCAUCCCACAGCUUUUACAUUUUUUUUUCUGAGUGGCUCAGAAAUGACUUGGGAGAAAGGAGGGAGCAACACUGUGGCAAUAGCUUUGUUUAAACUGAAAUACUCACAUGCUAACCCUGACAGCUUAUCAGUCUCAAAACAGUAACUUCUGUACGUAAUCAUGCAAGAUGAGUUAGUCUAAAUAAAAUUAAUAUUACUUUUUUAUGACACACUGCUUGGUGUUCAUUGUUGAUGUCUUUUCAAGAGAUGGGAGUGUUAAUGUGCACACACGCUCAUGCCUGUUUGUGUUUGAGGCUGUGUGAGCACAUUUCAUUUUGUUAUGCAUGACAGAUUAAAACUACAUUCCCAUUAUAUAUGGCUACCAUAUUUUUUAUAUCAUGCUUGUCUUAGCUCCACAUGUUUCCUGGAGUGGAGAGCUGUGUCCCUGCGAGCAAUGGGCUGUGCCUCUGAAUGCAUCAGAAACCAUCAGAAGUCCUUAUAUUUUUAUUCCUCUAAUUGCUUUUGCAUGUUGUUAUUGGCUUGAUGUGGUGAACUACGGUCUCAAUGACAGGGAGAUGCAAUGUGAUGAAAGGGGGUUAAUUAAUACUGUUGUGGAAGUUGGAUGAACGAUGAUGAAACUGAUACUUCAGCACCAUCACAUAGUUUAUAUUCUUUAAAUGAAGUACUUUGAUUUGAAUGUAUUUGGUGAUUUUAUGUGCAAAAAUGUCUUUCAGUUCCAGUGCUUAGAGUUGAGCACACUGAUAUAAUGACUUUAAUUAUCUUAAGCUUUCAAUCAAAAGUUAACUACAGUAUUCUAUGUUAUUCAUCUUUGCCCUCAUUUUUAUUUUUGAAAGUAACUCUGUAUAUAGUCUUUCCUGUAAACUGUAAGCCAUAAAAUACAAGGAUUACUCCACUGCUAUUCAUCACUCCACAAGAACUAGAAAACUAAGGUUCUGCUGCUCUGAGUUGCUGGUACUUAUGGCCUGACAAUAGGAGACAUAUGUCGUAACAGAUUAUUCAAUAGAUGCCACUGAUUGUCUUGCUUCUGCUGCACUAAAAGUAAGAACUUCUGAAAUAUUGAAUCCAGGCUGUGCGCAUCAACUUUUCUGUCAGAAUAUUGCCAGAAAUUUCAAUGAUCUAGUAUUUUUAUGAUGAGUUUCUCUUCUCUAAGAGUAGCUCUUGAGAGAUGAAUUUUAUAUAUGUGUAGAAUUAUGGAGCAGUGGUGUAACACCUUUUAGGUUUCUUGCAGUAGGCUGAGAAUAUAAUAAGCUGUUCUUCAGCAGCAUCUCCAAAGCAGUGCAUUGCAGGCAGACUGGCUGUGCUUCAGGUUCCAACCUUGUAGUGCCAAAACAAAGAAUAUUUUUAGUUAUCAUGGCCUUCCCCCCCAGAACAACUGAGCACAGUUUGGAGGAAAAUUUCUUUUAAUCCAGACGCAACCAGAUUAGCCAUGAUCCUUUUCCCCACCAAUAUCUUAUAUUCUGAUCUGAGGGAAUGUUAUAAUUAUCAAAGCUCAUUUGCUGAUGUUUGUAGCCUGUUCAAAAAAAAAAAUCUAUUUAAUGGUCUAUACUUUUAAAACACAAUUUUUGGAAAUUAUGUACACAUUUAGGUUACUUUAUCUUCCCCAGAUUUCUCCUUUUAAGCUACUUGAUGACAAAAGCUUUAUUGUUGUGAAAAGUCUAGUGCUUGUAUGCUCUCUUUAGUGUAGUGCAGUGGUGCAUGUAGUUCAGAUCAUGCAGUUGUUUAAUUGUUUAGAGUUUUUAUGAGAAAAGCUUGGGAUCUUAUGUGACAUCAUAUUGUUUGUGUGUUCUAGAGAUGUGCAUAAAAGAGCUUGUUUUUACCUGAUACAUUGUAUUUUAAUGAGUUUAUUUUCUGCACUGUGUUCAGGAGCAACUUUCAGCUCAUACAUUUGUUGUACAAGAAAUUGCAUGUACAGAUAACCACUGAUGACAGAGAUGCCUGUAUAAAAGAGUACUUAAUAAAUAUUGAACAAUCCCUUUUUGGAACUGAAUCACCUCACAAACUUUUCACUGACUCGUUUGCAACGAAGCUUGUCCACAGGCCUUUCAUAACACUGUAAGGAUUUAGAGGCUAUGCUCAAGUUUGUUACUGUUGUUUUCAUUUUAACUCCAAACAUCAAGUUCCUGUGCCAUGUUGUUUCUUGUUAUUUCAACCUCAUUUUUGGCAAUUUUAUGUGAGGCCAUGUCUAAAGUAUGUCUGCUAACAGCAUUGCUGUGUGUGAACAUAUGACAUUUUCAGCUGAAAUGUAAAUAGGAGUGUUGAAAAAUCACAUUAUAUGCAUAAGUGUAACUUCUGUCACACUCUCAUGGUAUGGAGAAUGGAAAGAUGGUGCUUUGGUUUGGUCUGAAAGGACUUUUCACAAUGCCAGCAAGGUGUCUUGAAGCUUCUGAUGUCUUAGUUUUUAACUGUAAAAUCUGUAAUAUUGUAUGAAAAGUCAGCUUACACCUGGGUUUAUCUUGAUUCGAUAGACUUUUAUUCUAAUUGAUCCAGUAGCUUGUGUGUUUUGAAAAGGAGCAUGUUUUGGUUUUUUAACAACUAUAUUUCUGAACAUGCCUUUUAGAUGAAGUGGCAUGAUGAAUAUUCAUGGUGCUUUCCUCCAAGAGCAGUUUUCAUGGGGUUGUUGAAUGAUCUGCUUGAGUUGAAUGAUGAUGGGGGAUGUGACAACUUAAAAAAAAUUAACCACAAAAGAGCCCUAUUUUCAAUUGUUUUAAAAAUAAGCGCUGCCCUUUUUACCUGUUCAGGCUCCUCAGCACUGUCGAAAUGUUUCACAGGUUUGUUGCUUAUGUCUGAAUAUUGCAUUAAAAUGGUGGUUUUUUUUUACAAAAACCUUUUUUAACACACCCUAAUAGCAACCAUGUUCUCUUUAUUGUGAACAUGCAGAGCAAUAAGCAAUUCAAAGGCCUAUCUUUUAUCAAUCAGAGAGGAGCAGGGCCACAUUGUAAAGUACCAAGAUAAAUAUAACUGUCAUCCCAAAGGUAAUGGUGUUUGCCCUCUAAAUAUAGCUUUUCACUAACAUUAGCAUGUUCAUAUAACUGAAUUUUACAAAAGUAUUUUUGUAACUCUGGAAGUGUAAAAUGUAGCAAACAUAAUUUUAAAAAUCAUUGGAAAAUAUCAUUGUCACCAAAUGUAAGAGCCUGUAGUUUAUGUCAUUUGCAGUAAACUUUUCUGCUGAAAUAUUUCACAACAGAUCACAUUUAUGAUUGUUGUUGCCACAGGGUUUUGUCUCCUGGUAUUUUCCGGUGAGUAAACAUGGUUGAAAUGCAUUGUUUCCAUUUGUAUGUCACACAUUAACCAAGUAUUUAGUGUUUUUGCUUUGCAGACCAUUUUAUACCAUCAUACAGUGGUAUAAACACCGCACUAUCACACAUAUCCUCCACAUUCAGACUCCACCAUAUGUGCCAUGUGAAUCUCCUCUGGGCAUAUGAAGUCUGAGUUAAUUUCAUGCCUGCCGUGCUCAACCACGUUUUCUUUUGCAAUUUGUUUGAAAUGUUCAAGAAGAAAUUGAAUGUUUGAAUGUGAAAUUCGAGGUUUAUGUUGAGUGUUAUGACAUUUGCUGCACUGCUGUUGGCAACUUGAUAUAUUUCAUUUUAAUCUUGAAAUAUCUUUUAGAUAUUUACUUUGUUUUUAAUGAAUCAGUAAUUGUAUGGUCUUAAUUGUGCCAAAUUGUAGCUGCUAGAUCUUGUGGUUAAUUCAAGAACUGAUUGUGAACUAUACAAGCAUCGACAACACACCAAAAACUUGUAGGCAUUUUAUUCAGGCUUCCAUAUCUCUAGUUUGAUAAACUUCUCAUGCGAGCAGUGUUUCUGCAUAAACUUAUGAUGGGCUUCACAUUUUAACAAUUGUGCUGUUGUAUUGUCAUCAAGCUGUUGAGAUAUUGCAGUCCUUGACUUCACUUUUCUUGUGUAAACAUUUGCAUUUUGUCUGUAAUUUAUUCCAACACUGUGAAGAUGUUUGAUGUGUUUUUCAUUUCUGUUGGUUUGAUUUGAAGAACCUGGCUGUGUAUGCAUAAUUUAUAGACUCAACUUAGUGCAUUUAUCAGUUUAACCGCUAAACUAAGGACAGCUUUUAGAUGUGGCUGCACGUGUGGGAGAGGAUUCUUUGAAUUGCCAAAUAUUACAAAAAAUGCUGACAGAAACAUGGUGCCUGCCUCCCAAUGCACAUAUGCAUACAUCUUUGUGCAUUUUGUUUCUUUCAUUUCUGUCAGAAGGCAUAGGGUAAAGUCUUUCAGGCUAACCAUAGGUGACAAGCUGAUAGCACCUGAAUGUUAUGCUUGAUGCAUAUAUAUAUUAAUGUUUUUCUAACCCAUAGCUUUCAUUGCAAGUGCAAGAGUUACUAUUGUUCUUUGCAACUUUCCACCAUAAUGGCAACAGUUGUGGCAUUUAUUAUUUUUUUUUUUUCCUGCUUAACCAGACCGAAAAUGAAACUUGAAAGGUAAUCAGGACUACACAUUCAUGGUUAGAUUACCAAGCAUACAAUAGAAAAAUCUCUACCAUAGCUAAAAAUGACCUUAUGGUAUGAGUCCUAGGCUGUUUCAAGCACUAUAUUGCAGAUUUUCAAGAAUUCAGUGUUGAGAACAGACUACCCAAGUUAUAGCCAGGAGUAUGUUCAGUUAUCUUCUCUCUACUAUCUAAAUGCAGAUUUGGUUUACAUUUACAAAAAAGUAUUGCUAGCACUGCUUGUGAUUUCCAGUUAUGCCAAAAGUCAUGUUUUGUACUGAAACUGCAGAAUGGAAUCUGUUCUAGAUUCCAUAUUUUCCAUUGUAUCUGGCAGACAUUUUGCUCACAUCAUAAAGUUUUGAUGAUGAAAGCAUUUUUGUGUGUAGUGCAUUGCAGCCAUUCUCUUUAUUGUAUGUUUACCUGGCUGGUACUUUGUAAACAUUUUCUUUCCUUUGCUUAAGGGUAUGUAUAUUUAUGAUUUUGCUGUAUACACAGUCUAUAUUCACAUGUCAAUGUCUGUGGCAGUUUUGAUAUGUUGUAAACAUUAGACAUUGUUGAUUUGUGUUGUACCAGAGAUAAAUCUCUGCUGUUGCUUUUCUCCUUCUCACUUAACUCAUGAGCAACAUCCAAAUGCAAAGAUGCAAAUAAGUUUGGCAUUGCUUACUUUUAGAUAUGCAGUAUAACUUUAUUACACCAUUCAAUAAUAUUGCAGCUAGCUUCUAGAAAGAAUAUGAAAAUAGUUGAAUAAUGCAAAAGCAUCGGGUAAAUAUUGUAUAGCAAAUACAUUUUUUGAUAAUAUUCUCACAUUAUAUGGCACAUCCAUCUCCCUGACUAAAAAGGGAGAUUAAAUAUUAAGCUACAACACCAAAUUGUAAUUCAAAAUUACAGCAAAUAUUUGUUAUUUUAAGUGAAAUGCAAAUAUAUGCAUAAUAUGUUUGAAGUUACAGUUGAAUGCAGUAUACACGGGUGAAUGCAACAGUAACAGAACACACAACCUUACAUUUUUGCAAGGCAGAAAUACCCCAAAACAAAUCACAAAUGUAGCAAAAAAUUUUCAUUAUUAAUUUUUAUACCUCAAUCAAAAUAAUCUAUAAAAAUAAAGAUAAGGCCAUCAGUAACUGCCAUUUCUUUUUCAGUUUGUCAAAUUUAUCACCUAGCAAAGAAAAUUCUGAGCACUUGGAAAAAUAAUGCUGUCUCCAUUUACAUUUUUCUUCAAGAUUUGUUUUUUGGUGGGGGGUUACAACUUCUGAUAUGUCCGUAUAAAAAUCUAAUGAACACUUACUGGUUAUUUGUUAUGCUUUACUUUGUCAAUAAAAAUAAUAUAUUUUA